GUGUAAUAAUGCUGAUGGGAAAGUGAAAAUGCAAUUGUAGAGGCUAGUUUAGAGGGCCAAGGUUCAACGCUCUGAACGCUGGCUGGCGGUUACUGACGGGAUUGUAUGCAACGGAGAUCAGAUAAGCAGAUUAGGAGUUCGAUGUUGGUCCCCCUAUGACGUUGGGUUUCGGCUUGUGGGGUGGUGCUUGUCGACGGUCUGGUCAAGCCCUAAUACUUGAAACGUGCUAUAGCUGUCUCGAGGUCAAACUCCCGGGAGCAAAUUGCCGUUGAGGUGAAGAAGAGCUGAGUUGUGAAGAGGUUGAGAGUUGAGAGGGUUCAAGAUUGAAUUCUGUUGAUGUUCUCCGUGAGAACACAGAAUUUGAUAGGCGAGAUCUGUUCUGGAUUUUGGGAUGACUUGAAUCACACAAUACCAAGUUUUGAAACGUUGUUGGCGACUGUGUCGCUGUACUUGUACAAAUCCUUCUCUUCCUUCUAAAAUCUAAUUCUAUUCUUCCAUCUAAUCAUUCACGCAAUGCGCUUACUCACCUUGAUCUCCUCAAAUCGUGCUGGCGUCCUCCCUUCCCCUUUACCCACCAAUCGAAGGGAGACCGAUGAUCCACCACCCCAAAGCCUGAUGCGACGGCUCUCCAGCAUUUCCAUCUCCUCCUCCUCAUCGGAUUCCUCGGAUUCCGAUGAGGACACAGAACUCUCGGAUUGGAAUUACGAUAGCGAGAGUGGUCCGACUGCAGCGAGGAUUAAGGCUUCCAACGCGAGGAAAGCGGGCAAGCUGCCAAGGGAUAGAGACCACGAUGCGGUCAGAGAGAAGAUGAAGGAGACAAGACACAGCAGAGCGAGUGAGGCUUGGAGGGAAUAUUGGUGUUGAUUGAGCAUCAGAAAUCGGGCAUUGCAUUGGCAUCGGGCAUUUUGAUAGUCGGAUGGCUUGGGCAUCUUGUUUUCAGUGGCUCGCUCGGCUCUAUCCGAGCCUGGAAUACAGGGGGGGAACUUUUCGCUGCGCAACCACCAUCCAUCAACGACGACGACGGACCUCACGAUUCGAACAGCCAUCAAGCCAUCAAUGCUCGCCGUGAUGAGAUGAAAAUCCACUGCAUCGGUCCGAGAACAUCGACCCAAUUUCCAGAAUCCCGACAGGGUUGCUGGAGGGGAAAAUGGCCACCCGUACUCCCGCACAACAGAAGAUCCGCCGCUUCAUAUUGACUGGUGCAAUUGCAUCUAUCACCAUGACCGGAGCAUGGUAUGGAGCUGGAUUGAAGGUACAGAGUGAUAUCAUAAAGGUGUGUCGUCCUUUCUCGCUUGACUUUUUAGCUGGAAAUGUACUGAUUUUGUUCUGCAGACAGCACAAAAACGUCUUGAAGCCACACCCGCUGAGAGGAUCACACAAUUGGCGGAGCACCGUAUGGAGCUAUUGGUCAAAAGACAUGGCUUGGAGAAGAAGCUUAGGCAGACUGAGGCGAGGAUGAAUGGUGCGACAAGGGAGGAGAGUAUGGUGGGGCAGGAGAGGAGGAGGGGGCAAUGAGCCUCUGUGUCUGGAUAAUGAAUGCACAUAGUAUACGACGUAUGGAGUGCGACAUAUUGAAUCGCCCGUCGGGAGAGGGGCUAUGUGCCGUACCAAUUUAUAACACAAGCAGACUUGGAUCAAUUGGCAGGCCAUGAGGCUUUGUGCAGUAUGAUAUACGAUAUACAGACUUUGAUCCCGUAAGAUCCAAGUAGGGUAACAGAUACCAUGAUGAGUGGGAGAUCAAAGUCAAAAGAAAACCCCCAAUCAAAUCCCAGA